AUGGAAGAUACGAGUCCAAUAAAACAUAAACCUACAUCUAGAGUUAUUGACUCGUUGCAUUCAGAGAUCGAUGACUUGAAGAAUGAAUUAGAGAGCGUAAAAUCCUCGCAUGAUAAUUACAAGAAGAAUUUCACUGUUGUUUCUAAGAAAAAUGAUCUGUUCGUUGACCAAUUAGCGAAUGCUAAGCAUGAAAACGAUAUGAUCAAUGCAUUAUUGAAAAGAAAAGAAAGGAGAAUCAUCGAUUUAGAGGACCAGUAUAGUGAACUAAGCUCAGCUAAUGAAUCACUUACAUUAAACAAUAAAAAUAUGAAGAUUCGAUGUGAUAAUUUGCAGGAGUCUUCUUCUUCUUCGAUUGCUGAAUAUGAGAGACUAAAGAUUGCCUAUGACGCAUUAAUUGCAUCUCAGGUUGAAUACAAGAGACACUAUGAAAAGGAACUUAAUGAUUUGACUUCUAAAUUUGAACUCUAUAAGAAACAAAACCUCGAAAAUUUCAAUAAUCUAAGCGCCAAAUUAACUGACAAUGAUAAGGAUAUCGAUACGUUAGUCGAAAGUUUAACAAAUAAGAGGAAAACAAUGGAUAAUCUAUACGUCAAUAAAAAUAAGACUGUAUUAGAUUUUUUAUCUAAAUUGGCCAAAAUUGCAAAACUUCAUGGGCAAGAAUCUAAAGCUAUAUUACAAGACAAUGUUGAAAAUAUUAAGAUGUUAGUUGAGAAGUAUCCCGAUUUACCAAUGAAGUUGAAUGCUCUUGAAGAAACCGAUCUUGAUCUUGAAAGUGUAAUUAACGAAUCCAACGAUACAUUGUCUUAUUCUUCUUUUGAUGAUGAUACUACGCUUACAAGUUCUCCGGAUUUACUGAGUGACGCAACGUUUAACUCUAAAACGUUGAGUAGAGGAAAUUCAAUUUCAAUGAAAAAAAGAAAGAAUAAGAGGAAUUCGAUUAGAUUUGAUUCCAAGCAUAGUUCUGACUUCAAUAACCUGCAUACUCAAAGUAAUGCACCUAGAAGGAGUGCUAGUAAUAAUAAGACUUCACGAAAUACCUUUUCAGAAAUCAAUUCUAGGCUUCCAACUCCUCCAUCGCAUAAUGACCAUGACACUGUUAAAGACAUUAUUAAUGCUAAUAAUAUUAGUUAUCAAAAUCAAUUACAGAACAACCAAAGGACAAACAAUAGAAAUUCAAAUAACAAAUCGAAAAGAAGAUCGAUGUACGGAAAUAAUAAUAGCAAUAAUGGUCAAAAAGCUGGUAGUAGACAAAACUCACUCAACAAAAGCUUCAGCGAGGUUAGUAUAUAA